ACGUGGUGUUUGAGGAGGCCGCGGUCGAGGAGCAGCACCAGCUCUGCUGUGCCUUCACCAUCUCUGCAGGAAUACGACACAAGAUGAUGCCACAAAUAGUUUCUACCCUUUACAAUGUUUGCCAUGGAAACCGGUUUGGGCACUUUAAGGUCGGCAGCAUCACCCCCGCAUGGUUUAACUGUACCUGAGUGCUAUGCUGGAAGAAGCUUUAGUGAAGCAUCGACACCGAUCCCUGUUAGAAUACAGACAAAAGGAGGAUGUGUAGGCAGCACACGCCCUAGAAUGUGAAGUAAGGACAAACCUACCUGAUCAGCACAGGUGCAGACGGACUUCCCCUGAACACAAGCACGAGAAGAGCAAACACAUUUUUCCGGAUUUUGUUUGGCAACAUUGUUAAAGAGAACGCCGAGAGCAAACUGCAGCAUCGAAUCAAAACAAGCCUCCUGAGGUUUCAGAAUUAAUUAUUCUGUCAUUCAAGCGGUUGCUCCUGUCGUCGCCAUAUUUGUAAACACGUUUACUGUUAAUGUGUGUGCGCACCACUUCAGCUCAAUGAGGAUCAGUCAGCAAAACGUGUGUUUUUAGGCUGCAACAGAACAAUGACAUUAUGCUCAAUAUUCCAUGUCUCUUAUUUAAACUUAUUGGCUGUCAGACCUGCACAAGAGUCCGGACAUUCUCCUGUAAUUUGUCUGUAUGUGAGAAGGCAAACGUUGAAUGUUGUAGAAAUGUUCCUGUUGUUACACUGGUAUUAUAAUUACAGUCAAAUAUGGAACUGUAUCACUUGCCUUAAGCAUAAUUCAUGUAAUCCAGAUCCAGUGAAUUUACAUGUGGUUUCAAGUUGAUAGUGUUUCAACGCCCAUCCCUUGUGUCACAGCCUGGAGAAAAGAGGCAGGGCCGUUCCGUGGUGAUGAUACUAAUUCACUCCCCUCAGUGAAAGGAACCACACCUCAAUGCAGGUAGCAGACACACAGGGAGCAGUAGUGGUCGGGGAUACAGUGAUAAAGUCCUGGACUCUUACGCAGCGGUUUUUGCCAUUUGGAACGUGACACCGGAGGAAAAUCCAAACUCAGCUUGCUGACCAGCGUUGCAGGUUCAUGUUCACUAAAUUCACGACGGUGAAAACAACCUGCACACAGCUCUUCUUUUAGAUCCCCAGUCAGUGGCUACGAGUCAGAUUUAUCAUUACGUUUGAAGGUGCAGAUUUACCCACCAUCACCAGAAGCCAUAACCGUUGUCGAGCUUGUUUGCUGGAACGUUUCCCAGCGAUGAGUCGGCUCCAUAAUACUGUGAAGAAUGGGGGGAUCGGCCUCUGUCUUGUGCUGUUGGUGCUCAGCGUCGCCACUUUAUACUCGAGAUCCUUUGGAUUUGUUACCCAUGAAGAAAACCCGUUGGUGCCCAGAGAGACAGACAAGAGGAGGAACAUAGAUGACAAGCUUAACUUUGGGGCCAGACCGCAGGUUGAAACAAUCACAUCGUGGAAAGCUCCGAUCAUGUGGGAGGGGAUGUUUAACUCGACCGCUUAUGAUGAGCUGCAUAUUCAACUCCGGUCGUCCGUGGCUCUCACUGUGUUUGCUGUGGGCAGGUACCUGGAUGCCUACUGCAAGAAUUUCCUGACCUCAGCAGAACAACACUUUAUGUUGGGGUUACCAGUGACGUACUACGUGUUUACAGAUUCACCAGAGAAGGUACCGGAAAUCGAGCUCGGUCCUCAGCGAAGCCUCAAGGUUAUCCAUGUGAAAAUGCACUCCAGAUGGCAGGACAUCUCUAUGAUGCGCAUGAGUAUGAUAUCAGAACUCAUAGAAUCGGAGAUUGCUUCCAGCUUCAGAUACGUCUUCUGCUUCGAUGUGGAUCAAGUGUUUAAAGGGAGGUUCGGCUCAGAGGCUCUGGGGGAUUCUGUGGCUUUGCUCCACGCGCAUUAUUACAAACUUCCAAAGGACAGAUUCACCUAUGACAGAAACAUCAAAUCCAAAGCCUUCAUGGAAACUGGAGAUUACUACUACCAUGCUGCCAUCUUUGGAGGAUUGUGUGAAAACGUCAAGAAUCUGACAGACGCCUGCUACCUGAGCAUCAUGGAGGACAAAUUAAAUGACGUGGAGGCUUUUUGGCACGAUGAGAGUCACCUCAACAAGUACUUCUGGCUGAACAAACCAAGCAAGCUGCUCUCCCCCGAGUAUUGCUGGGACUGGAGUAUUGGUGACAUGAGCGACAUAAACCCUGUACGCCUGGAAUGGGCACCAAAACAUUAUGAUACACUUCGCAAUAAUAUCUGAAUAACUUUGAAAAGAUUGAGCCACUUGAGUUCCACAGCUUUACAUUUCAUAGAUAGAGGUGAUUUUUUAACUAAAGUUACCACCCUUCUGUUUUAUGCCUUUGCAAAGCAGUUUACAUCCAUUUCUGUGCAGACUCUAAAGUCUGAAGAACCAAAGAUCAGAGGCCAGGAGAGAAGAGAAAUGAUCCAGUUACGUGCAGUUUAGCCUUUAACCACUUGUGGGAGCUGUUGUUGAGUCUAUAGUCCGUAUGCAUGUGUAAAGCAUUGUAAUAUUACAGGUGUAACGGCCUGUGUGUGUGUGUGUGUGUGUGUGUGAGACUGUGUGUUUGUCCCACGUCAGGUGAUUGGAUCUCACCUGCAUCCACUCACCUCAUCACGAUCCAAAGUUUAAAACCCUGCAGGAAAUUCUCUUUGUUGCUGGUCACGUCUCAGCUGUUGUGGUCACGUGGUCGCGUUAGACUCAAGAUCUGAAGUGUGUUAUCGGCCUCUGUGGAAUCAGUGCAUUGUGGGUUUUUUUAUUUUGUUAAUUUUAUUUUGUUAAUUUUCUUUCUUCAGUUUCCCUUCUUUCUUUUUCCUUGUUAAUUUUUCCUGAUUCUUGGGUUGUGAUUUAUUCUGUGUGAUCUGACUUAUUCUGUAUCGGUGUCAUAAAUACCAGGCGGCUGUGAACCAGAGGGUUGUGCACUAACCAGUAGGUUGUUGGUUUGAUCCCUGGUGCCUCUGGUCUGCAUUCUGAAGUGUCCUUGGGCAAGAUACUGUGUUUUAAAUGGUGUCAGAUGGUAAAUGCUGCGUAUGUAAGCGCUAUAUGAACGUGUGUUAAUGGGUGAAUGUGACUUGUCUUGUAAAAGUGGGUUGAUCAGACUCUCUAGAUAAAUAAAGUCCAAUUAAAAUUA